GCUUCAUUGGCAGCUAGGGUUUUCGAUUUCUCAAUCACAACCAAAUCAAAACUCAAAUUUCCGAUUCCACUCAUACAAUGGGUGGAAAGUGUCCGCACAGGAGCGUGAAGAAGCGCCGCUAUUCUCACAAGUCUUUUAGGCGCUCCAAAUUUCUUGUGAAGGGCGACGACGCCGUUUACGAUGAGCUUCAGAAAGGGGAGGAAGAGAGAAAGCCCUUGCCCGUGGAUGAAGAUCUUCCGGGAAUGGGGCAGUACUAUUGUUUUCACUGCGAUCGCUAUUUUGCUAAUGUGGCUGUCAGAGACGAACAUUUCAAGACCAAACGGCAUAGGAAGCGUGUGAAGAUCAUGUUGGGACCUGCACCGCACACGCAACUGGAUGCUGAUCUAGCUGCCGGAAUGGGCAAGCCAGACAAUGGCCCCAAGUUAAUGGCAAUGUAAACUUAUUCCUGUGUUUUUUUAUGUUCCUGAAGUUUGUGUUUGUACGAAUUCUAGGCUCCCUGCCUUUACCCCUUGUUUUAUUACAAUGAUACAACUAGUGGCUUA